UAUGUCUUACUGUAAAUUAUUUUAUGCUUCUAAAUAUAAACAUGAAAAUGUUGACUUGCAAAGUAUCAUUUGGAUGGCUAUAAAAGGCUGGAAGCAGUUCUCAGUGUUUUCUUUCAGUCCUUUUAUGUCCUACUAGUCUCAUGUAUGUAUUAGCAUGAGAUGUUUGUUGGGAGUUUUAGCUUUAAACUUACUGUAUGUGUCGCACUUUAUCAGAUCAUGUGUUUAUUUCCAGCGUGGUAUGUUCACAGGAAGUGAUAAAGAUUUUAACAUUUGAUUAGCACAGUCUUCUUGGGCCCUAUGCAGACACUGCUCAUGCUUACUCAUCAUGACUGGAAUCCAAUAAGCAGAACUCACCAAACGUCUUCACUCUGAGAACUUACCUCAGCUAAUACUCCUCAACAGCGUCCAGAUGAGUGGGAUAUAUGGAAACACCACUUGGGAAUGUGUUAAGGACCCUCCCUACUACAGAAGUACCAUAGGCAUUGUGGUGGACUGGGUGAUAUUCUUCGUAGGACUACCUGAAGUUUGCCUGGCUGGCUAUGCCCUUAUCUCCCUACUGAAGAAGGACCGAGCAGCCCCGAUCUUUGCCAUAAACUUGCUCCUGUCUGACCUUCUCCAGAUCAGUGUCACCCUCGUCUUCAUUGUCAGUCGAUUUUUUGACAAUGUGUUUCUGCCCUUCGUUGGAGCCCGCUGUGUCACCCGGCUGCUUGUCCGCUUGGGCCUGUGUGCCGGCUUGAAUUUCAUGGUCCUGAUCUCUGUGGAGAGGUAUUUGAUGGUGGCCUACCCUGUGUGGUACCACACCAAGAACAAUGCCAAGGUCCCCAUCUUGGUCUCUACUGGAGUAUGGACCCUUUCACUGACCUACGCCACUCUGGAUUACGUCCUCUUGGCCCAAACCAACUCCUCUUUGUUCGUAUUCUCCAUCAUCUGCCUCCUCCCUGCUCCCUUACUUGUGGGCUUCUUCACUGCCACAUGGAUGGCCCUCCACAAGAGAAAAAUCAUUAGGCAGGAAGGGAAGAAGAGGCAAAGAGUUCUAGGGGCUCUGAGUCUGGUUUUGGGAAUAUAUAUAGUUCUGUUCCUCCCCUUCAGUUUCAGGAAUCUGUACUACUCUAUCAAAAAUGAGACAGAGACAGAAGAUGUGGUCAGGGAUUUGUCCUCUGUUUUGACCAGUGCACUAGUUUACCUGAGCCCUCUGGUUGACCCUUUCAUCUAUGUUUUCAUGAGAAAGGACAUAAAGGACACCAUAGAGGCAUUUCCCUGCUGCAGGAAGCUACUGGCAUGUCAGCACGGGCUAACAGACUCUACCCAGGGAGAGACUUCUUUAGACCACUUGCAGGUUGUAGAAGGAGUUUCAAAGUCCAUGUAA